GAGCAGCUGGUGAAGAGGUGGCACCGAGCGGAGCGGUGGCGGUUCACGGCGAGAACCCGUCAGGCAGGCUGUGGUCGUGGACAUGACGCCUGAAUCUGACGCGGAGGAGACCCAGCCGCUCGUGCGGCGUCCGGACGGCAGCGCUGCCCGCGGCCGCCGGGUCUUCCUCGCCGCCUUCGCCGCCGCCCUGGGCCCUCUGAGCUUCGGCUUCGCGCUCGGCUACAGCUCCCCGGCUAUCCCGAGCCUGCGGCGGGCCGCGUCUCCCGCCCUGCGCCUCAGCGACAGUGCAGCCUCCUGGUUCGGGGCCAUCGUGACCCUGGGCGCCGCGGCAGGGGGUGUGCUGGGUGGCUGGCUCGUGGACCGUGCCGGGCGUAAGCUCAGCCUCCUGCUGUGUUCGGUGCCCUUCGUAACUGGUUUUGCCGUCAUCACCGCUGCCCAGAACGUGUGGAUGUUGCUCGGGGGUCGCCUCCUCACCGGCCUUGCCUGCGGCGUCGCCUCUCUAGUGGCCCCGGUCUAUAUCUCAGAAAUUGCUUACCCAGCAGUCCGAGGACUGCUUGGCUCUUGUGUGCAGCUGAUGGUUGUCACUGGAAUCCUUUUGGCCUACUUAGCAGGCUGGGUCGUGGAGUGGCGCUGGCUGGCCGUGCUGGGCUGCGUGGCCCCCACCCUCAUGCUGCUGCUCAUGUGCAACAUGCCCGAGACCCCACGCUUCCUCCUGACCCAGCACAAGCGCCAAGAGGCCAUGGAGGCCCUGCAGUUUCUGUGGGGCUCUGAGCAGGGCUGGGAAGAGCCCCACAUGGAGGUUGAGCAACAGGACUUCCAGCUGGCCCUGCUGAGGUAUCCUGGCAUCUACAAGCCCUUCAUUAUUGGCAUUUCACUCAUGGCCUUCCAGCAGCUCUCAGGAGUCAAUGCCAUCAUGUUCUAUGCUGAGACCAUCUUUGAGGAGGCCAAGUUCAAGGACAGCAGCCUGGCCUCGGUCACCGUGGGUGUCAUCCAGGUGCUGUUCACAGCAGUAGCAGCCCUCAUCAUGGACAGAGCGGGGCGGAGGCUGCUGCUGGUCUUGUCAGGUGUGGUUAUGGUGUUCAGCAUGAGCGCCUUCGGGACCUACUUCAAGCUGACCCAGGGAGGCCCCAGCAACUCCUCCCAUGCCGACCUCUUGGCACCCAUCUCUGCGAAGCCUGUUGAUGUCAAUGUGGGGCUGGCCUGGCUGGCUGUGGGCAGCAUGUGUCUGUUCAUUGCUGGCUUUGCAGUAGGCUGGGGGCCCAUUCCCUGGCUCCUCAUGUCCGAGAUCUUUCCUCUGCAUGUCAAGGGUGUGGCUACCGGUGUCUGUGUCCUCACCAACUGGCUCAUGGCUUUUCUGGUGACAAAAGAGUUCAGCAGCAUCAUGGAGAUCCUCAGGCCUUACGGAACUUUCUGGCUCGCCUCCGCCUUCUGUAUCUUCAGUGUCCUUUUCACUCUAUCCUUUGUCCCUGAAACCAAAGGCAGGACUCUGGAACAAAUCACAGCCCAUUUUGAGGGACGAUGACACUCCUUUCUGUGAAUGGUGGCCCUGAGCUGGGGUGGCUUUGGUGGGUCUCAGAAGGAAUGGAGUGGCCUGUAUUUGCAACGGAUCUCUGCUUGAUCCUGAGCCUCUGAUUCCCCAGACCCAGGGGAGCCAAGAUACCACAGCCUGUUGAUCCUGAUCCUGGGCCUCAGGGUCUUCCUUAUCCAGUUCUCACGGCCCAGACUCACUCUGUGAGGUUCCCCAGAGUCUGAGUCCAGGCUCCACCACACCCUACAGACUCAGGAAUGUCUCCAUGGAGCUGUGCAGUCAUGCAGGUUAGCUCCCCGUGCAUCCCCUGCAUGAGGCUAAGGCAGCUGAAGAGUGUGGGCUCUGGGCUCCUGUUUUCCAGUUGGAGAAUUUUUUAGAGGAGAUCUUGCUCCUCUCAUGUGACUGUGUUACCAGAAAAGAACUUUGCCAAAUAAAGAUUUGUGUCAGUAA